UGUUUCAAGACUAAUGCGAAAAAAAAACUUCAAGGAAUAAGUGGGAGAAGUUAGAAAGUUAUCCCAAAUGGAAAAUCCCAGGUAUGGUUCUAUGGGCGUCGGACUGGUGGACUUCGUCCCAAUUUGCUAAGCUACAAAAUGUUAUUUCAUCAAUUCUUAAAAAUUUUUCAACUUUAUUUUUGUGGUCGUCUUACUUACAUUUCUGGUUUGUCUUCUCUCAUUAUCAGCUGCUGUAUGCCAAAGCCUCUGCAACUUCUAAACUACCCUUCAAAAAUGUCUCUUUUAGGCUCUCCUUUUUGCACCACUUACUCCAUCUUAUUUCCUCACCUUUAUUUUCCUUCACUAUCUCGUGUUCCACACAUCAAAACAAAGACAAAUUCUUUAACUUUCACCUUUUGUGAAAACCUGAAUUUUUCCCAAAGAGGAUCUUGUUUUGAGGCUAAAUAUUGUAUGUUUAGGUUUAAAGGAAAGUACUCAUUUUCCUUUAUUAAUUGGUGAUUCUCUUGGUUUAGUGAGUCAUAGCCAUAUUUGCUCCCUUUUGGUUCUUUCAAGCUUGGACUUUAGUCAUGAGGUUUAUCUCUUACUAACUGCAGAUCUUCACGGAUCAGCUUUUACUGAGUUCUGCUAAUGUACGAUUUUAGAAGAACCCCUUGCCAGUUUCAUCGGACAUCUUUUAGCUAUGUGAACAAGUAGUGAAGCAGAUUGCGUAUUGUAUAUCAAAAUGUCUGGAAAUGGUCAUUGUUUCGAGUGGAUGGAGGAGUUUAUUUCACAGGAGCGCGGUAAUCAUGUGGUUCAAUAUUUCUUUAAGGAUUCCAUCGGUGAAUCUGUCUGUGCAGUUAUCAGUUCUCAGAGGAGUGUUAGGCAUAUGUUUUAUGUUGUUGCAGAGGAGUUUGUGAGGGUAUAUGGUGCUGAGAAUUCAAUUCAUGCUGGUUUCAAAUCGAGGUUGAGGAGAGGUUGUUGAUUGGCUUACAUCCAUGCUCUCAAAGCAGUAGUUUCAGGGAGACCGAUCUAAACUUUCUGUGACAGAGUCACCGAAACAUGACACGCUGCUAGCUUUGCGCUUCCUGAUUGUGAAAUGAUUGAGAUUAGUGCUUGGAAAGCCCAAGCACUGGAUAAUAUGGGCUAUCUUUUGAGGAACUUGACUGAACAAAGUUCAGAUAUUGCGUGAGCAGGCACUGCAUGAACAUGUGGUAAAAGGCUCAAACAUUUCCCAGCAUUUUGCCUCAAUGGGACCUCAGUAGCAGUUCAAUUUUUGAUCUUCAUGAUCUCUAAAGGAGAAAAUCAUUAUCUUGCUUACUUGGAGGACAUGUACGAAGACAAGCGCGGGCAGCUCUGGUGAUGGAGGUUAUUAAUUUUCAUUCAGUUGCCUUAUGUUUCUUCAAAGUUUAAAAUUUAGGCCAUUAAUUCAAAUUAUGCAUAUUGAACUGAAUUAAUUAGUGGGAAAGUAAUAUGGAUAUCAUGACUUGAUAAUAUAAAUGACACUACAAUGAUGCAAUUUGGUUUUCUGGGCCUGCUGCGGUGCAUGAUCUGUUAUUGCCUUUUGUUUUCAAUGUUGUUGGUUUUUCUGCUUGUUGAUUGUGUGCUUUGCAUUCUGACUUUUUUAUUUGGCUGAGUUAUAAUCCUUUACUUUUAAAAAAUAAAAAUGGACAUGCCUUUUUUUUUUUUCAAAUUUAAUCUUAACUGGAAAAUUGAUGUAAUAAAAUUUCUUUCUUAGAAGUUUCCUGUUCUUUUUCGUUUUUAUUGUUUGAAUUUAAAGCCUAUGGAUGAAUUAGAAAUGCAAUUUCCCUGGUAGUUUUCUUGCAAGUAAUAGAAAAUGGCAUACACAUUUUCUAGUCUUGUGGAAAAUAUGUUUGUUAGAUACCACUGUUCAGCAUAUAUAGGAUACACAUGGUUUGAAUUUUCAAGCAGUAAACUUUGAAUAUAUAGAAGGCAAGUGAUAAGGGAUUGUAUAUCAUUGACGUGUUUUCUAUAAUACAAUCAUUCAAGUGUUAUUUACUCUGAAACUUUGAACUUCUUUUCCUGCUUUGGAUAUGUGGGGACAAAAUUAUGUCUUUUUGUGUGUGUGGGGAAUUACUGACAUUGUGGCGACUUGUAGAUUAGGUUUGGGUGACAUUGACAGUUUUGGUCUUCUUCACACUUUUAGCUUUUCUCCAUCAGAAAUAAAAACAUGAUGGUUACCCACAAUUUCCAUAAAAUUUCUUAGAAUCUUCAUUAUCAAUGGACUAUACCAUUAAAAUUCUUAGUUUCUAUCGGUUUUGUUCUACCUAUAAAUAGGGUUCUCAUAAUUCAUACCAUGUUAACCUUAUUUGAAAACAUAACAUGGCCUCCUUACUCACAUCCUAUCACUUCCUUUACCUAUUUUUCUUCUUCCCUCAUCUUUCUGCCUCUUCAGUAACACACUUGUGCUCUCAUCACGAAGCUACUGCAUUGAUCCAUUUCAAGAACUCAUUUUCCAUCAUCAAAACAGAGUUUACUUCUCUUCUUUGUGAUGAUAUUGCUGGCCUUAAAUCUUAUCCUAAGACAAAUUCAUGGAAAGAGGGUACAGAUUGCUGCUCAUGGGAUGGGGUCACUUGUGAUCACCUAAAUGCUCAUGUCAUUGCCCUUGACUUGAGUUGCAGUUGGUUGUAUGGCAACUUCCCUUCCAAUAGUACUCUUUUCCUUCUUCCUUAUAUUCAAAAACUCAACCUUGCCUACAAUGAUUUUAAUUAUUCCAAGAUGCCCUUUGAGUUUGGUCAGUUUACAAGGCUGGUGUAUCUUAACAUCUCAGAAACGUUAUUUGCAGGAAAAGUCCCAUCCCAAAUCUCCCACUUGUCAAAAUUGGUUUCACUUGAUCUCUCUCAUAAUGUGUUUUUUGACCAAUUAACACUUGACAAAAAUAUUUUGGAGGGACUUGUUCACAACCUAACUGAGGUGAGACAUCUUUUUCUUGAUAGAAUUAUCAUGCCUUCUAUUAAUCCUAAUGUUUUCAUGAAUCUAUCCUCUUCUAUAAAGUCUCUCAGUCUUGGUGGUUGUGAUUUGCAAGGAAAAUUCCCAAGUAACAUUCUUCAUUCGCCAAAUCUCAAUUUGCUCAACUUAGGAUACAACCGAAACCUUAGUCUUGAUCUUCUGAAGUUCAAUCAGAGCAGUAAUCUUGAACAUUUGGAUCUGUCAUGGAUGUCCUUUACAAAAUUGAUUGAUUCGAUUGAUAACCUACAUGCCUUGAAAUAUUUGGAUCUGUCUCAUUCCAAUUUACGGGGAUCAAUUUCGAGAUCAUUGGGGAACCUCUUGCAACUCACUUAUUUAGACUUGUCAUGGAACCAAUUGAGUGGACAAGUUCCAUUGUCAAUUCUAAACCUGACACAGCUUCAACACUUGAGAAUAGCUGAAAAUUCUUUAGAAGGUCCCAUUCCAGAUGAGGUAGCUGCUUUCCCUAAUCUAAUAUCUUUAGACUUAUCUAACAAUUUACUAAAUGGAAAACUUCCGUCAUGGUUGUAUACUGCUUCCUCCUUAAUGGAAAUAUAUCUCUCUCAAAAUCAAUUCAGUGGACACAUCAAAGAAUUCCAAUCCAAAUCACUAGAAAUGAUAGUGUUAGGGAAUAAUAAACUCCAAGGUCCUCUUCCAUCUUCAAUAUUCCAAUCUCUCAAUCUUACCUGGCUCCUUUUAUACUCAAAUAAUCUCAGUGGUGUUAUAGAGUUUAGCAUGUUCUCAAAUCUCCCAAAUCUUGAAUAUCUUGACCUUUCACAAAACAGCCUAUCCUUAAGCUCAAAUAAUGUCAGCCAAUUCCCCCCAUUUUUGAAAGGGUCAAAAAAGUUGAAAGCUUUAGACCUUUCUAACAAUAGAAUUGAAGGAAAGAUUCCACAAUGGCUGCAAGAGGUGACUUGUGACUCUUUGAGUUACUUAAAUUUAUCUCACAACUCAUUGACAGAAGUUGAGCAACUGCCAUGGAAGAAUAUUAAUAUUCUUGACUUAAGCUCCAAUUUGAUCCAUGGAAAUCUUCCAAUUCCAUCUUCGACAAUCAAUGUGUUCUUGAUCUCAAACAAUAGUUUAGGUGGAGAGAUAUCUUCUUUGAUAUGCAAUGUGAGUGCUCUCCAAGUUCUUGACUUGUCCCACAAUAAAUUGAUUGGAACUAUUCCACAAUGUUUUGGAAAUUUGAGCAACACCCUUGAAUUUUUGAAUCUAAAGAAGAACAAGUUUUAUGGAAUGAUUCUUCCAACAUUUGCAAAGGGAUGUCAAUUGAGUUAUCUCAACUUAAAUGGAAAUCAAUUUGAAGGGCCUUUGUCACCAUCCAUCCUCAAUUGUAGGUCUUUGGAAGUGCUAGAUCUUGGGAACAACAAGAUCAAUGAUACAUUUCCUCAUUGGUUGGGAAGUCUUCCACGGCUACAAGUUCUUGUACUAAAGUCAAAUCAAAUGCAUGGUUCCUUGCAUGACCAUAGCUCCAAGUCUAGCCCUUGUUUCUCUAAAAUCCAAAUUUUUGACCUUUCAAGUAAUUAUUUUUCUGGACCCCUACCUGGGAGAUACAUCAACAGCUUCAAGGCUAUCAUAAAUCUCACUAAGGAUGCAAGUACGAUGACAUACAUGGGUGUGCAAGAUGUUAAUGGUAGUGGUGGCUUUUAUAGCUAUUCCAUUGGAAUUGUGAUGAAAGGACAAGAUAUAGCAUUGAAUAAAAUUUUCGUCAUGUGGGCAAUCAUUGAUCUCUCAAAUAAUAAGUUCGAUGGAGAGAUUCCCAAGGUUAUUGGAAAGCUUAGAUCACUCAAAGGGCUAAACCUUUCUCAUAAUAACCUUAAUGGUUACAUUCCCACAUCAAUAGGGAGUUUGACCAACCUUGAAUGGCUAGACCUCUCUUCAAACAAACUGGUUGGAUGGAUUCCAAGAGAACUGCUAAAUUUAACGGCUCUUUCUAUGUUAAACCUUUCAAUGAAUGAAUUGGUUGGGUGCAUCCCUCAAGGAAAACAAUUCAAUACCUUUGGAAAUACUUCCUAUGAAGGGAACAAAGGAUUACAUGGUUUUCCAUUGUCAAGUGAUUGCAACAAUAAUGAGCAACCACCACCUUCAAACUUAUCAGAAGAAGGUGGAUUAAAAUCAAACAUUGAUUUUGGGUGGAAAGUAGUGUUGUUGGGUUAUGGAUGUGGAGUGGUGUUAGGAUUGGGCGUGGGAUAUGUUGUUUUCCAAACUGGUAAGCCAAAGUGGAUUGUGAGUUUGGUUGAAGAUCAUAUUGAGAAGAGGCGGAGAAGAAAGCCAAUGACAGGGAAUCGCAGCAAUGGGGGAAGAAGGAUCUAGGCAGAGCAAAUGAUGUUCAAGCAUUUCUGUUGUAUUUUCAAGCAUUUCUGUUGUAUUUUCAUAUAUAUAUAUAUAUAUAUAUAUAUAUAUAUUUAUGGCGUGUCUAAUGUUUAGCUAUAUGUCUUUAUCUUUAGUAUGGUAUUUCAAUAACGUGUAAGGAUCUAUUCUCAAUGUUAAACUCUUACACAGUAGCAGCUGUUUAUGUCUUCUUGAAU